UAGAAAUGAAUUUUAAGUAAUAAGUCAAUUUAGUUGUGGAAGCACCUACAAAAGAGCAUCCAUAGAGAAAAUUUCAUUUAACUUAACUACUUGGUUCCGGCUCUGAAGGGGGAGCAUAUUUAGCAUCUGCUAAUGAUUGGGGUAAUAAUCCUAAAUAGGUUGUAAUUAAACUACAAAAGAACAUGAGAGUUAAUGAGAAAGAUUUUCUUACUAAAUUGAUUUAAUACUAAAUCUAGUAUGAAAAUGGAACCAGCUAACAGUAUUUACCAAGUCAUAUAAUAAAAAUUUAUGAGUACUUUUAAUGGAAAGAUAAUCAUUGUGUUGUAAUGGAGGUUGGGAAAGAAAGUUUAUUUGAAUACAUAACCAAUAAUAGGAAUUUAUAAAUGGAUUAAAGAAUAAAAAUUUGUUAUUAAGUAUUAUUUUAAUAAAUAUCAUUAUAGAUUUGUCAACCAAUAUUUUUUUUACAUUCAUAGAAAUUAAUCCAUAGAGAUAUUAAACCUGAAAAUUUCAUAAAGGUAGGUGACAUUUUUAAACUUAUUGACUUUGGUUUGGUAAGGGGUUCUGUAGCUGAAAAUAAAACGUAAUAAGUUGGUACUGCUAUCUUUCAAGCACCAGAAAUUUUAGAAAAUAGCAAUUCCUAUACAGAAAAAGUUGACAUCUGGUCAUUAGCCUGUGUUUUUUAUGAAAUAUUAUCAACUUAGCCAUUGUUUAAUGGUAUUAAUACAAUUAUAAUUUUAGGUUAAACUUGGUUGGAGGUAACUACUAGUAUCAAAAAUCAUAAAAAUAAACCGGAUGUUGUGAUUAACAAAAUCAAAAACUUAUAAAUAGCGUAACUAGUUUAAAACAUCUUAAUUGAAAUGAUGGCUUAUCAAGAAAACAAAAGACCAACAAUAGAAUGGGUUUACAUUUAAUUCAAAAAUUAUUACAAUUAACCUCCAAACCAGCCUUAACUACCAGAAUAAAUUCCAGAAGAUAACUAAUAAUUCAAAUAAAUAUUAUCCAAACUAAAUUCAUUAGAAAAUCAAAUAAAAGAAAAAGAUAACCAAAUGCAAACUUUAAACCAAACUAUAGCAAACAUAGUAAAAUAAGAAUAAUUGGAAUAAGACAAAAAAAAAUAAGAAUAAAAAUUUUAUUAAGAUGAGUAAAAGAAAUUUUAAUAGAAUCUAAUAGAAACAUAAAUAUAGUAGGUGGUCAAAGAUAAUUAAGAUUAUUAAAUUAAAUUAGAUGAGAAAUUUAAAUUAAUUGGCUUAAAAACAUAACAAUAAGAGACUAAAAUUUAAGAGUCAGAAUAACGAAUUAAUUAGUAAUUAGAAUAAUAAAUCUAAAAAGUAAAAUAAGAAAUUGUUAGAGAGUAAUAAAAGUAAAUUAAAAAAAAUGAAAAUACAUUUAAAGCAGAUAUCAAAAUGGAAAUUUUAGAAUAUAAUUCUUAAUUGUCAAAAUAAUUCGAGGAUUUAACUGGUGAAAUCAAGAAAAAUUUUCAAGAUUAAUUAAACGCCCUUAAAUAAGGGUAAUAAGAUAGAGUUGAAAAUUAAAUAAAUUUAGAAAAAGAAAAUAAAAUUAAACUUAUGCAAAUAUAAGCUAUUUUUGAAGAAUGGGAAGUAUACAAAACAAAAGUUAAUUCUUUAAAAGAGGAAGUUAAAGACAUAGAUAAGUUAAUUCUAUAGAACUAGUGUAUGUAAGAAAAAUACCUUAUUUUACAAUAAAUUAAUUAAUACACAUCGCUAAUGGUUGAAGAUUUAGCAACGAUAUUCUCAAAUUAGGAUUAUCAAACUUCAAAUAAUGUCAGUAAUUAUUUAAGUAAUGAACAAGACAAUUAAGAUUAAUAAACACUUAAUUUCCCUAUAACAUAAUCCUUACAUUAUUUGAAUGUAUAAUAGAGAAACCAACAAUAAAACUGUUAAAAUAAUUAAUUAUAAAUUACUGAAUCUUUGCAAUAAAAUCAAAGUUAAAAUUUGGAAACAAUUUAGAUAUAUAAAAAUCAAUUAGAAAAUUUAAGAACUGAAAUAUUGAAAUGGGUUAAUUAAUAUAAUUAAAAAUAUAAAACUCAAAUUAAAGAAUAAUUAGAUGAAAAAAAUAAUUAAAUUGAAAAUGGCAACAAAUUAUUAGAAGAUCUAAAAAAGCAACAAGAAUAAUAAUAAGCAGUUAUUGGCUAAUAUACAAUAAAAAUAACAGAACUCUAAUAAAAUACUAUAAAUGAUAAGAGAAUUCAUAAAAAAUCGAUAAAUAAGCUAAAUGUACAAAUUAGCGAAUAGACCAAAGAAAUUAAAGAAUUAAAAUAAAAAAUACAAGAAUUAUAAGAAAAGGAUACUAUGUAAGUUUAAGAAAUUUUAUAUCAAAAUUAAAAAUUAUAAACCAUUUAAAGCGAUCUAAAUUAGGCUAAAUUACCAUUAAAUCAAGUUAAAGCCCUAAUUGAUUAUUUUAGGAAUAGUGAGAAAUUAAAGGAAUUUAUGAAUUAAAACAAUAAAGAACAUUAAGAAUUAUUGAAUUCCAUAAAUAAUUCUUACUGA